AUGAAUGAAUUAAAUAAUGAACAAAAUCAGCCUAAUGAAGAAUCGGAUCAAUCAGAACAAACGGAAGCUGAAACGUGCUCAUUCAAACAAUUUAAGGAACGAAAGAAAUACAAAAACCAAAAACGUAACCAAGAACGAAAAGAACAAACCUAUGAAAAACAAAAACAAGAAACGAAAGAACAUCAUAAAAAUGAAAUCGGUCUUUACCAGAAAAUAAUUGAAAAUCAUGAAAAAGAAGUUAAAAAUUUGAUUGAAAAUUAUAAAAAUGAAAUCGAACGAAUUAAUGAAAUGAGAAAAAAAUACGAAUAUGAUUGUG